AUGUUAUGUUGGCAAGCCUGCACAACAGGUCCGCGCCCUCAACAGUGGUCUGCCGACGACUGCCUCAGCGCCCUCACCAAGGAUGCGGAGGAGGGCUACACUGCACUUGGGUCGGUCUUUUGGGUUCAUCUGGAUCCCAACCACCCCUCCUUGCAGUCCGUGUCCUUUCUGGAGUUGCUGCAGGAGUCCAAGAAGCUGUUUCCACAUCUUAGUUUAGUAUUCCAGAGUGGGUUGGCUUGUUUGCUAGAGUUACUGCUCAUUGAAGAAGAAGAAGUAGAUAGCUAUUAUUGGAAGGUCCAUCACUCCUGUUUCCUUCAGCUGUUGCCAGCCAGGUUUGUGGGCGGACUAUGGCCGAUGGAUCUGUCGAUUCUUCUGCGAGUUGAGGAAGCUCGGACCUGGUCAGAGCAGAAUAAGAACAACGUUCUCAGAAGGUGUCCUUUGGUCCAAGGGCACGUGGUCGUGGCGGCCUUCUACAUCGGUCUGGCACGGUCGGUCCUGGAUCGCAAUGCGACCGCCAUAAACGACUGGUUGAAUCUGGCCGGAUCUGUGAGGUUACACGUCCACAGUCUUAUAACGUCUGCAGAUGACCCGGACGGAGAGGUCCGACGUGCAAUCUUGGCCUUGCAAGCUCAAACUCGGUCGGAUACAGUUGCGAGGCUGUCCUGCUCUUACCUGACUUGGCUGAAGAUGUUGGAGACCGUCCUGGCAAGUCCGAAAUACAACGGGAAAAAACUGGAGGAAGUGGUCGAUCUCUUGAAGGAGACGGACAAAAUCCACUAUGUCGAUGGUCGGGUCAUGAAUAGGACCCUGCUGGUUUGCGCCAACAAUGCCAUCGCCAGCUUCAAGGACGGACAAGCCGUCGAGGCGUUUCUGUCCUUGGAAAGAGGCUGGGGUCGGACGUUGUUUUCCUUACACUCGGAGAAGCUGCGAAUGCUUCUGUUCGGCUGCAAGCCGGUUUGUGGUGGUCUGACUUACGUCUUGGAAACCAUGUACUUUAUGCUGCAUCUCAAGUUGAUCACUCCUGGCAGGUUCACAACACAUGCUAUGAAUGGUCAGAAGAAGACCAGUUUUUUGACCUUGGCAUUGGCUGCCCUGCAGAUUCUGCAAACCCUCAAAGCCAAGCUGCUGGAUGACCCGAAAGGGUCCGAGUGUUUGGCUGUCUUGAGAAUGUUUGAGAGGCCGAGCAAACUGGUCACAUACGUGAGGGUACAGGAGGGGGAAGUGGCGGAGGAGGAUGGUGGUGAUGCUGAUGAGACCGAGGCUCAGGAAGCCGACGAGGAAGAUGGCCAGACUGGGCAGAAGAAGAAAAAAGGAAGUGACAAAGAAGUUAUUUUGGGCGGCUGGUUCCUGGACAAGGAAACCCGCGCAUUGAGUCUGGCGGAAAUCCUCCUUCGGCUGGUCUGUGGAAGGUACGAGAAGGAUGUGGUUCACCUGGUCAAGCACAGUCAGCUUGGUUUCCUGGCCGAGGGCCUCCACCUUCCUCUUCCUCUGGUUCAGGCUCUGUGGUCUGUCGUUGGCAUCGCGCACCACAACGCAGAGGAUGCUUCAUCAAAAGGGGUGGAGCCGAUGGUGGUCGGACCAGGAGAUGUGGAAGCAUGGCUGCAACAGCAGCUCGAGGUUUGUCUGCUCCCGAUGAAGAACCUCAAGACUGAGGUGGUCAGAGCAAUCCUGAAAACCUCGGUUCUGAACCGAGAAGGUGUGGGCCGCGUGCUCUACGUCUGGAAUGGGGACUCCAUCCAGGAAAAGCCCACAAGGCCGUGGAUGCGAACAGGCGCUUUUGGUCGGGCUCAGAAGAAAGUCUUGACUGCUGUGCUGAAGAUCUUCGUGGACAUGGUCAGCAAAGCUAAGACGCAUGGCUUCAAAGACCAUGCAAUGGCCCUGGCCUGUGAUGGUGGUCUGAGGGCGCAGCGGCAGCUGUUCGGGGCCAACAAGAUCUUCGGUCUGUCCGCGAAAGAGCUCAUCGUGUACCAGCGCCACCGAGGUCCGACGGCCAAAAAAAGGGUCGGACAGAAGAAGCAGAGCCAGCACCACGUCGUGCAGCAUGUCUACAUGAACAUCAACAUGGAGAACAAGAAGGAAAAAAACCUUUUUUUGAGGUCGGUCGUGGACAGGCUGUCGGAUGUGGAGGGGUCGGUCGUCAAUCCUUUGCCACUGGGGUAUCCGGCGUUUCCUCUGGUCGGUCCGAAGACCAAGUGCGAGGUCAUGGGUUGGACCAAGAAGAAGCGAGGGCCAGCAAGCCCCGCUUCGUGGAGGUCUGACGCGGAGCUGCCAUUGUUCUGGCGAGAGAAGAAGCCGGUCGGAUGGUGGUUGGACGUUUUGACAGCAAUGCAGCCGGAUGCUGUCGUGGACUUCACACCUGGUUGCGGUCUGCCCUUGGCCUGUCUGACGCGCUCUGUGCGCUACGUUGGCGUCCAGCACUACCCAGGCCUGGCCUGGAACGACGCUCACAAGAGGUGCCUGGCCUCUCACAUCCACCUCGAGGCCGCCAAGAAGCACCUCGCCGGUCGACCCCUCCUGUGGUCGGACUUGGAUGCCUAUGCUAAUGCUGACGAUGAGGAACCACAGACCGAAGAAGAGGACGAUGAUGAAGAUGACGGCAGCGGAAGCGACGAAUCCUAG